UUUGACUUCCUAUUCACAUUACGACGGUUCUCCCCACGGCUCUUCCUAUUCGCAAACCCCAAAAGACAAACAACUCCAUCUCACUUUUCUAACAUUUUGGUUCCAAGAAUCUUUCCUUUGCACCUUCGAAAUACCCACAUCUUUCACACAUGUUCUUUUCCCUUUACUUUCGUUCUAAUUGCAUGUUGUCCCUGUUUCUCUGACCCUGAAGCCAAAACCCUCAGUGUAGCUCAAUCUUGGAGGCAUCUAAUGUAUCCAAAAGUGAAGGUGAGAGUACAGAGAGAAGAAGCUGAUCAAUAUGCUUAUGAGAAGAGUUCUUUGCAGUCCUUGAAGGCGUUUGAAUGGCUCUCUCCCCAGCAUUUCUCUUCUUCGGAUGAUUCCCCAGGACCGGUGGCGAGAGUUCCUCGCUCCUAUGCCCCAAAAUCACCACCACCUAGUUUUUACGCAUCCAGAGAACUAGCCAAUAAAAAGAAUACAGUCAUGGAGGAGAGUCCCAAAAAAGCUAGAGCUACUUCUGCCCCACGGCCGCGUGCCGUCUUAUCAAGUCCAGAAAAUGAUAGAAUCAUCGGCAGUAGGACACAGGAAAGAAAAGAAGAACAUUCAGGUCUAAAGAAUGGUGGCCCGAAUCAGAACAGACGCCCGCAGUGUAAGAUUUUCCCAAAAUCUUCAGCUGCUGAGAGUUUCACACCAGCACAAGGACAUAACAAGGGAUCAGCCGAGCCCAAGGACGAUACUCGAGCCAAAGGUGGAACAGAGGGGGUUGAUUCAAGCAUGAGAACCGGACCUCGGAAAAAGAUAGCGCCAUCAUCAGUCCACAAGCUUCUCGGUAAACUGACUUGGAACUGAUAUUGCGGACAAACUUGUUCCUAGUACUGGUGGAAUAUUGAUGAGAAUUUUUGUACAAGAAAGACUUUGAAAGCUGAUAGAUAUCAUAUAACUUAGAAAUGGAAAAGUGCAGAGUCCAUGUGAUGUGAAGGAAUUGGGCAAAUGCUUGAUGACUGAAAUUUUUCAUUACAGAAUGAUGAAACGCGAACAAUCUCUAGAAAUGUAGUUAGGAUAUGUGUAAUAUGAAUUCGGAACUUGUUGCAAGUUACACAUAUAUUACUGUCAAA